AUGGAUUCUUAUCGGAUCGCAGCCCGCAACUGGUUAGAAAGUGCUGAUAUCGAUGAUACUUUCCAUGAUGACUUCGAAGUCAUCCAAGGGGUCAGCUUUAGGGCCCUACUAGGUGAUAUUGAAGCCAACGAAAAGCCAACGACAGAUCUAGAUAUUUGCGAAAAUAUCUUAGUUGUGCAGAUGGUUGUGAAAAGUGUUGAGCCCGAAAAGGCCUUGGUCGAAGACGAGAGGAGGGCUGCAGACGGCCUCAUCUCAUGGGUUUCAAGUGCCAUAUUGCCUCUUGCAGAAUUUGAAGGGAUAUGGGAAAAAGUACAGCUAGCUACCGGUACUUCAGAUUUCUCACGGCUGAUUUCAAGAAGGAUAUAUGCUGAAUUUCCAAUAGAUGCGACCAGGGAGCAGCUCCUUGGUUUCAAAAACGCUCGAAUUAAAGCGACGUUAGGAUUGACAUUAUUAAAGGAGCUUUACAGAUUUAUUCCUAUUGAUGAAACUACCGAUCCACCGCAUUCGGUUGCCGUGCUGGCGGCCUUUACGGAUCCAAGCGAUCCCUGGACGACACCAACAGCGGCUUCGGCAGCAAACUUCCUCCUCAAACCAUACGGAAGGUUAUGUCAGACUAAGAGUACCCUCUUUGAGGAUGUCCUCACGCGGUUUGUGAAAUCUUCAUUUUUGAAAACAAAGACUCCUGCGAUCACUUCUGCUGGCCGGAAAGACGUGCACCCUGUCAAGCAGCCAAAGUUUGACCCGGGUCUUUUUGAUAAAAGCUCAAAACCAUGGAAACACAAAGACGUUUUUGUGGUGACGAUACUUUCCUGGACUAUCGGCCAAUAUACGCCGUACCAACCUCGACUCUGUCUUCGAGGAGGCCCUCACACCAUGUCUCUUGUCCCUUCCUACAUUAACCCCCGAGGAUCAGUCAAUUCACCUUCUAAAGUCCGCAUACCCAGCUUUAUUCUCCGUCAUUCGAACGAGAUUUCCCGCUUCUCCUCCCUCAAAGAAAUUUUACAACCCAGCGCCAUCCCAGCGUACAAGCGAAGAGCAAGAGUCCCAAUUGCGAAAAGACAUUCUGACACGUCUUUUGCGCCAUAA